AUGGCAAAUUGGUCUGGCCUUUCAUACGAUCUACUUGUUACGAUCGCGAAGCUUUUUACAGUGAUAGAUGAUUUCAUUGUAUUUGGUGCUGUUUGUAAAUCAUGGCGAACUGCUGCUACCAAAGAAAAUUUUGAUAUGUUAUCGCCUCAAAUUCCGUUACUCAUGCUAGCAUCUAAUGAAGAUGAUGAAUAUCGAGAAUUUUACUCUCUUACCAAAAAGAAAAUUUCACGAGUAUUUCUCCCUGAAGCGAAAGGGAUAACAUUGCAACCUUUCUCACGUGCCCAAAUCCAUCUUCCUCCAAUACGUGAAAAUAAUAAUUACGUGAUAAUUAACAACAUUGUGUUAUCUGCUAACCCUUCCUUCACAUCCAUUCAUGUUGUGAUGAGUUGUCAUUAUAAUAAGCAUGGACGUUAUUUGGCUUUUUGGCGACCUGGAGAUCUGUUAUGGAACAAAAUUGAUAUUGAAAAAUGUGGUGAAUUUAGGAAUAUACACUACUUAAAAGGACAAUUUUAUAUGAUCACACUUGAUCGAGUUUGGGUUAUUGAUGUUGCUAGGCCUAUUGGAUAG